CAAUUAUGAUGUUCAAAGUCAUAUUUAAUAUUUGCUCUUCUCCUCCAAUGAGGAUGGAGAUGGUGCAUGCUGACGUGGCGUCUCUCUCCAUAACACCUUGCUUCCCGUCUUCUUUGUCUUCGUCCUCACAUCAUCACUAUAACCAACAACAACAUUGUAUCAUGUCGGAAGAUCAACACCAUUCGAUGGAUCAGACCACUUCAUCGGACUACUUCUCUUUAAAUAUCGACAAUGCUCAACAUCUCCGUAGCUACUACACAAGUCAUAGAGAAGAAGACAUGAACCCUAAUCUAAGUGAUUACAGUAAUUGCAACAAGAAAGACACAACAGUCUAUAGAAGCUGUGGACACUCGUCAAAAGCUUCGGUGUCUAGAGGACAUUGGAGACCAGCUGAAGAUACUAAGCUCAAAGAACUAGUCGCCGUCUACGGUCCACAAAACUGGAACCUCAUAGCUGAGAAGCUCCAAGGAAGAUCCGGGAAAAGCUGUAGGCUUCGAUGGUUUAACCAACUAGACCCAAGGAUAAAUAGAAGAGCCUUCACUGAGGAAGAAGAAGAGAGGCUAAUGCAAGCUCAUAGGCUUUAUGGUAACAAAUGGGCGAUGAUAGCGAGGCUUUUCCCUGGUAGGACUGAUAAUUCUGUGAAGAACCAUUGGCAUGUUAUAAUGGCUCGCAAGUUUAGGGAACAAUCUUCUUCUUACCGUAGGAGGAAGACGAUGGUUUCUCUUAAGCCACUCAUUAACCCUAAUCCUCACAUUUUCAAUGAUUUUGACCCUACCCGGUUAGCUUUGACCCACCUUGCUAGUAGUGACCAUAAGCAGCUUAUGUUACCAGUUCCUUGCUUCCCAGGUUAUGAUCAUGAAAAUGAGAGUCCAUUAAUGGUGGAUAUGUUCGAAACCCAAAUGAUGGUUGGCGAUUACAUUGCAUGGACACAAGAGGCAACUACAUUCGAUUUCUUAAACCAAACCGGGAAGAGUGAGAUAUUUGAAAGAAUCAAUGAGGAGAAGAAACCACCAUUUUUCGAUUUUCUUGGGUUGGGGACGGUGUGAUCAUCAUCGAUCAUGAACAAGACUGGCUUGAGUUAGUUAACAAAAGUUAUGAGAUGAUUUGAGUCCUUGUCGAUGUAGUUAUGUUGCGUUAAUAAUUGUAGAUUAAAUGUUGUUGUCCUUAGUCACAUGCAACAUUCCUUACCCCGUGUUAAUUAGCACGUACAUAUAUACCACUCGUUGGUUAAAAU